UUUUCUCGUGUUUUCAAGGCACUAACAAGCGGUGUGGUACCGUCCCUUGUAUCUAUCUUCGGAAACUUCUUCGCUUCGGAGAACAUAGAAGACAGCUGGGUGACCUAUGCUGCAUCUGCCGGACAAAGGAUAAUGUUCUUUGGCGACGAUACAUGGAUUCGGCUAUUCCCGAAAUCUUUUGCUGAAGCAGAGGGAGUGACGUCGUUUUUCGUAAAAGAUUAUACUGAGGUCGAUAAAAAUGUCACCCGUCAUUUGGAUUCAGUACUGAGGGAUCGGAACUGGGAUGUACUGAUACUUCAUUAUUUGGGGUUAGAUCACAUAGGGCAUUCCCUUGGUGGCAGAUCGCCACAAAUCAAGGAAAAACUCAAAGAAAUGGACAGGAUUGCUCAAAGGAUAUUCGACAUCGUUUCGGCCCAAUCGCCUCUUCUCCUGGUAGCAGUGGGCGAUCAUGGCAUGACCAAUGCCGGCUCCCAUGGUGGAGGAAGUGAAGCUGAAACGAAAGUUCCAAUGGUGUUUUUGCACUCUAAAGCAAGCAUCAAGCUGGCUGGAAGUAUGGAUGGUUUCAAGUCAGCAGAACAAGUUGAUUUGGCCAGCACGCUUCCGUUCUUUCUUCGUGUGCCGAUUCCGUCGGACAGCAUAGGUGUGUCCCUGAUUCCACAGCUUGCUUCCCACUGGCAGCUGAACGACUCGAACGUCUUCUCUGCUGCUUUGCAAUCAGCUAUUCACUACUCCAAAUUUGCAGAUGGUAAGUUGCUUUUCUUUUGCCUCUUCACGACCGGGACCAUACUGACCCUUCUCUGCUUGCCUCGUGCCGAGCGUGGGAACGGCGAGGAACGUUUGUCAAAUAGGGCUAAGACUUUUCAUAGGCGGAUGCAUAUAGGACCAUUGGCAAGGGAGGACAAUAGACAAGCUCAGCGAAAGAUCAUCCAGGCGCAGGAACAGGCGUUUCGAUGGCCAAUCUUCGUCUCAUUGGUCUUAAUGCGUCUAGGAGUUUCUUCGUGCCCCUUAAUCGGCACAGCUUCUUUAGCCGCAGUCUGA